AUGACACGUGCCUGCUAUCUAUCUAUCUAUCUAUCUAUCUAUAUAUCUAUCUAUCUAUCUAUCUUAUCUAUCUAUCUAUCUAUCAUCUAUCUAUCUAUCUAUCUAUCCAUUAUUUUUCUCUAUCUAUCUAUCUAUCUAUCUAUCUAUCUAUCUAUCUAUCUAUCUAUCUAUGUCAGAUUGUUCAUAUCUGUAUCUACCCCUGAUAAUUACACGUGCCUGCUAUCCAUCUAUCUAUCUAUCUAUCUAUUAUCUAUCAUUAUUUAUCUCACUAUCUAUCUAUCUAUCUAUCUAUCUAUCUAUCUAUCUAUCUAUCUAUCUCCAUUAUUUUUCUCACUAUCUAUCUAUCUAUCUAUCUAUCUAUCUAUCUAUCUAUCUAUCUAUCUAUCUAUGUCAGAUUGUUCAUAUCUGUAUCUACCCCGAGUAAUUACUGAUGACACGUGCCUGCUAUCUAUCUAUCUAUCUAUCUAUCUAUCUAUCUAUCUAUCUCCAUUAUUUUUCUCACUAUCUAUCUAUCUAUCUAUCUAUCUAUCUAUCUAUCUACCUAUCUAUCUAUCUAUCUAUGUCAGAUUGUUCAUAUCUUUAUCUCAUCUAUCUAUCUAUCUAUCAUCUAUCUAUCUAUCUAUCUAUCUAUCUCCAUUAUUUUAUCACUUUCUAUCUAUCUAUCAUCUAUUUUAUCUACCUAUUCAUCUAUCUAUCUCCAUUAUUUUUUCUCACUAUCUAUCUAUCUAUCUAUCUAUCUAUCUAUCUAUCUAUCUAUCUAUCUCAGAUUGUUCAUAUCUGUAUCUACCCUGA